CUCCACGUUCUUUCAUGCGAGUGGGCCUAAAAACCAACUCUUUUUUUUUUGUUCAUUAAAACAAAAAACUUUCCCAUUUCUCGCCCUUUAAAACCAUAGCUCACAACACAAACCAAAGGUCUCUCUCACAGAACACAGAGUUAGAAGACUCAAAACCCAAAGCAAAACCACAAAAGAAUCACUCUUUCUGUUCAGUUUCCUUUCUCAAAUUCUUCUCUUUCUCAAGUUCCAAUCGUUUUGAACCGAGAAAACAAUUCAAUGAAAAACACACCCAAAAAAGAAAAAACAGUGGUGAGACAGCAGACCAACACCAAGUAAAAGGCCAUAACUUGGAAAUUCUUCUUGGAAUCCACAAUUCUCUUUCCGGGUUAUCGGGCUCUGGAUCUGCCACCCAUUUCGCCAACACCCCCUCACGUUUCUUGGUUGCCCCGUUAAAACCCCAUAACUUUCUAUAAACCCACUAAGGAAAAAAAAAACCAAAAAAAAAAAGAGAACCCUGUUUUUAAAAUCUCUUUCCACUGUCUAAAACAUUGAGAAACACUUCUUCUAUAUAUAGUAAAACUCAAAGACAAAGUCUUUUUUGUAUAUAUAGAAGUAGUAGAGGGGAAGCAGUUGCUUUUUUGUUAAGUGUUAAACAUGGCAGGUAAUCAACAGGAAGGGUUAGGUGAUGAUUUCUUUGAGCAGAUCCUGGCGGUGCCACCAGGCUAUGGUGGUGGUGCAGGCGGUGGUGGCGAAGUGGGUGGUUCCUCCUUGCCUAUGGUGUUACAGUUAGGGUCAACUAGUGGUGCGGCUGGUGGCGGUGGUGGUGCUGAUGGAGGUGGUAGUGGUGGUGGUGGUGGAGGGUUUAGAGGGAUGGGAAUUGGUAUAGGUAUGGGAAUGAUGCCUUUAGGUUUGAAUUUGGAACACGGGUUCUUAAGACAUGGAGACGGAGUUGUAGUUGACAGCAACAACAAUAACAACAACAACAAUAAUGCAUCUUGUUCAGCCGCUUCUAAUGUUUCUGGAAUCAGUGAGAGAGAUACUAUGCAUAUGACAAGUUUGUUUCCACCCUUUGGACAAGUGCAAACUCAGCAAAUCCGCCCUACACCACCUCCUCCUCAGCCUCCUCCGCCUCAGCUCCACCAGCCAUUUCAUAGCCAGCCAAAAUCAGGUCCAGUUGCUGCUGCUGCACACCCACCUGCCAUCCGUCCAAGGGUACGAGCUAGGCGAGGGCAGGCAACGGAUCCCCACAGUAUUGCUGAGAGGUUACGUAGAGAAAGAAUCGCUGAAAGAAUGAAAGCUUUACAGGAGUUGGUUCCUAGCUGCAACAAGGUUCUGAGCAUGAGCAGACUUGGUGCGGCAGGUGCUGUGGCUCAGCUCGUGGCCGAUGUACCCCUAUCAUCCAUUGAGGGAGAUGGCGGAGAAGGUGGAACCCAGCCUGCUUGGGAGAAAUGGUCAAAUGAUGGCACUGAACAGGAAGUGGCGAAGCUGAUGGAAGAAGACAUUGGAGCUGCCAUGCAGUUUCUUCAGUCCAAGGCACUUUGCAUCAUGCCUAUAUCACUGGCCUCCGCCAUCUUUCGACCACACCAACCUGAUGCACCAACGAUUGUCAAACCCGAAUCAAACACCCCUUCCUAGACCAAAACAACAUGUGACGGCGCGUGCCCAUAAAUGACUCCUAGCGCGCCUGUGUACCCACUUGCAAUGGCUAAUUCUUGCUUCGGUCCAAUCUUUAAUUCUCAACGGCAACAUCAAUCAAGUCAGUGCAACUUUUCAAUCCAUCUUUUUUCCGGUUUUGGUCCAAAAAGCAAAGAAAAAAUGAAAAAAAAAGAAAG